GUCAGAAGCUCACCGACCACUGUGAGGAGCGAACAAGAUGACCAAGAAGGAGAAGAAAGGAGGGAGCGCAGAUGAGUCCAGCAAAUGUGUGGCGCGUUUCUGGAAGGUGUUUCCUCACCUGACGCUGUGCGGCUCCUUGGUUCUGUACGCAACUCUCGGUGCGCUCGUCUUCCAGCACAUCGAGGGAGGCAGCCCCUCCAGAACCGAGUCGGACUACCAGAUGUUUCUGGGUCAGCUCGUCCACACGGUCCAGAACCACAGCAAAAACAGCUCGUUCACCCACGAAGGCAUCGUGGAGGAGGUGAAGAACGAGAUGAAGAACUUUAAGUCCGUCUGGUUCCAGGGUCCUCACCGAUGGGAUUUCUUUGGCUCCAUGUUCUUCUGCUGCACCGUUUUCACAACCGUUGGAUAUGGAGAGAUCUAUCCGGUUACCUUGACAGGUAAGGUGGUGUGUGUCAUCUACGCCAUGGUGGGCAUCCCUCUCAUGCUGCUGGUCAUCCUGGAUGUGGGGGACUUCCUCGCGGUGGUAAUGUUCAGCUCCUACAGUCAGAUCCAUAAACUCUACAAAGCUCUGCGCUCCAAAACAUGGUCACCAUGGCGCGCUCAGCAGAUGGAUUCACACCAUCGUACCCUAGAGGACGGCACCAUCGUUUUCAGCCAAGACAUUGUGGUCCACGAACCCCUGGACAUCCGGCAGGUGCUGCAGAGCCAGGCAGCUGUUCGACACAAGUCCAUCAGCCUCCAGAACAACAAAGAGAUCUUUGAAAAGAUUCUCGCUAGAGAGAAGCUGCUGAGGAAAGGCCCGUUGCUGCGCUGCCUGUCCUGCCCGGAGCUGGACCGCCUGCCCUCACCACCCAGUGGUUACACCAUAUGGGACUUCUCAGGGUUGGGGGAGGAGAUGGAGAUGCUGGAUGUUCCUCUGCUGCUCAUUCUUUUUGUAGUUUUUGCUUACAUUUGUUUGGGUGGGUGGAUUCUUCCGCUUUGGGAAACAGAGUUCAAAGGAUUUGAUUCCCACUACUUCUGCUUCAUUACGCUCACCACCAUAGGGUUUGGAGACAUCAUACCCCAACACCCGAAAUUCUUUAUGCUCACCUCCCUUUUCAUCAUCGUGGGCAUGGCCAUCAUGUCCAUGGCUUUCAAGCUGAGUCAGACGAGAAUCGUCAGCUGCUACAGAAAAUUCAUCAAGUUCAUCAGCAGAGGAAACGUUGAGACUCUGGAAAACGAAGAGAAGGACUGAGUGAGGGCAGGAUCUUCUGCAUCAGGGCCAAGUUCCACCGUCCCAAUAUGUUGUCCUAAGCAUGAGCAAACUAAAGAAAGUGCAUGUGCCAACACUUUUAUCCAGUCAGCGAAGGCCUCGUUCAGCCAGAACGUCUUAUUUUACUUCCGAAACAUUGGGAGAAUUGUUUUCUUGGAGGGGUUUUACAGGCGAUUCACUCGGUCUGGAAUGUAAUGCAUAUUUAUCAUGAAGUAUUGCGAAGGCUCAGGUUAUCUCGGUGUUUUUAGAGCUUCUCAGGCACAUUUCUGGAACUUUGACUUUGAUUCAGACAGUUCAGAGAAUCAGAAACUGAUUUGGUCACUUUGGGUCUGAAGGUGAAACAGAAACGCUCUCAGACCUUCCGACCGCUCCGGCUUUCAUAAGUUCUCUUUCUGACCAUUUAGCUUCCAGAACGAUGGGAUCCUGGUCCAGCUGUGGGAGUUAGGAUUAGGACUAGGCUUGAUUUCUGUUUCCGACACCAUGGAUUACCGGGCCAUUCCACUGCACACAUAAGCGACACGAAUCUUAGCACGCAGCAAUUCACCACCGUUAUAGUCAGUGGGUGCUGGUCCACCGACACCGAAUCGUUGCGUUUUGGACACCACCCAGGAGUGUAGUGUCAUCGCUGCGCCAAAUUUACACUUACAGUCUAUUUUUCAUCAUUUCAAACUCAGCAAUUCGGAACGUGCCACACAGGAAGUCUAACAAAAAAGCAGUGUAAAAUAUCCAGAAAUUUUCUAAAUAAAAGUCAUGUGCACAUUUCCAGUACACCUUUACUUGUGAAACCUCCGUAGCCGAGGUAAACACAACAGAAAAUGGAGCACAGACAGUUUAGGAUACAUGCUGACGUCUUUCUCCUUGCCUGCGAUUGCGUGAACUGCUGACAUCAUGCAGGAUCUUGCAGAUCUCAUGGGACCAGCUGUGUGGAACGCUUUCACUGCUGGUUUCCAUCUGAAAUGUAGUCGGUGGGCGAGGACGUGCUGCAGAGCUUGCAGGUAAAACGCGUCCUUUACAUCUCACACUGCUUAUUAGUUUAACCUAAAACACAAUAAAACAUUUAUAUGAUAUAGGCGUGUUCACUGUAUGCAUGGCGGACCAGGCUGGCUGGAGUAGAAAUGAUAAUAUUUAUGAUGAUAUACCAAAAUAAAUCCAUUAAACCUUUAUCAGUGACUGCAGCUUCCAGUAGCAGCCUUUAUUGUUGCGUUCCUCAUCUUUAAUUUUCUAUAUUUUAUUGUUUAUGAUGAGAGGAUGAAUCUUCGGCACAAUCCCAUAUCUCGCACUUCCACCCUUGCGCCCUUCAAUUGCGCGAUCCCGACCGGGGUGCGAGUGCAUAGGGUGUCCCGAUUCUCAAGUGUGGAAAUUGACCACGCCCCCUUUGCUCCCUUGAUCCGCACUUCACCCAAGUCAGAAUCGAUGCGGACUUGGGCCAAGGAUAUUACCCACAAUCCAUUGUUGCGUGAGGAAAGGCUCAAGUUCCUUUUCUGAAAAUAUCUAUUUCAAAUGAAAGUUGUUGAUUUUAGGACGAUUAGUUGGUGCUCUGAAUGUUUUAGACAAAGCAGCGAUGAAUGUAAGUUUAAUUCAAAUUAUUCUUUGGUUGUUUGUUUGAAAGUUGUUAAUAAAGGUUUUUUUAAAGUAUCUCAGUGACCAGCAUCCCGACAUGCAUUACAGUCGAUGACGUACUGCUCCCUGUCCCAGUUCAGCAAUUAUUGCACACUUGUACCACGCACUCGAAGCCUUACAGCACAUUUUCUCCAAGUGCACCUCACAGAAGGCCAUCGGGCACAGUCGAGUGUUGGGACUGGGCCUAUCGGAACGCGUGUUGUGAUGUCAUUUCAUCAAAUAUCGCACUUUUUUAAAAGCUUUUUUAUCGUUUCUAAUAACAUCAUUGUGGAGGAUCUAACAAGGCAAAUUUUAGGGGGUUUGUUUGUUUUCAGUAUUGAUAAAAUCCUUUUAUAUCUGGAACUGUUCAGUUUGGACCCAAUCUAACCAUUAAAUGCUAAGCUGGCUUGUCAUUCA